UCUUCUCCACAGUCAUGUGCGGGGAAAACAGCUCCAGCCUGACCCCGGGAUUCUUUAUCUUGAAUGGGAUUCCUGGGCUGGAAGCUGCACACACCUGGAUCUCCCUGCCAUUCUGCUUCAUGUACGUCAUCGCUGUCGUGGGGAACUGCGGGCUCAUCUACCUAAUCAGCCACGAGGAUGCCCUGCACCGGCCCAUGUACUACUUCCUGGCCCUGCUCUCCUUCACAGAUGUCACCCUGUGCACCACCACUGUACCCAAUAUGCUGUGCAUAUUCUGGUUCAACCUCAAGGAGAUUGACUUUGAUGCCUGCCUGGCUCAGAUGUUUUUCGUCCACAUGCUGACUGGGAUGGAGUCUGGGGUGCUCAUGCUCAUGGCCCUGGACCGCUAUGUGGCCAUCUGCUACCCCUUACGUUAUUCCAUCAUCCUCACCAACCCUGUCAUCGCCAAGACCGGUCUUGCCACCUUUGUGAGGGGUGUGCUGCUCAUUAUCCCAUUCACUUUCCUCACCAAGCGUCUGCCCUAUUGCCGGGGCAACUUCAUUCCCCAUACCUACUGUGAUCAUAUGUCUGUGGCCAAGGUGUCCUGUGGCAAUUUCAAGGUCAAUGCUGUCUAUGGUCUCUUGGCAGCCCUCCUAAUUGGGGGCUUUGAUAUGUUCUGUAUUUCUGUGUCUUACACUAUGAUCUUGCGGGCAGUGGUGAGUCUGUCAUCUGCAGAUGCCCGGAAGAAAGCCUUUGGUACCUGUACAUCCCACAUAUGUGCCAUUGUGAUCACAUAUGUUCCAGCCCUGUUCACCAUUUUUACUCAUCGUUUUGGGGGACAAAACAUUCCCCACCACGUUCAUAUCCUUAUUGCUAAUCUUUAUUUGAUGUUGCCUCCUACUCUGAACCCCAUUGUUUAUGGAGCCAAGACCAAGCAGAUCCAGGAAGGAGUGAUCAAGUUAUUUUUUAAAGAGAAAGCUAUCUUAGUUAUGAAAUAGAUUCAUGAGCUAAUAUGUGAAA